AUGUACUAUUCCCUUGAAACCUUCGUCACGCGCCCCAAUUGGAUCAUGCUAAUCACGCCGAAGGUGUUCUUGAACAUUGUCCUCGACGAAGCGGUGGAAGAGAAAGAAGGUGGAGAUAAAGUCAAGCUAGGCAUGGUUGUUAUUCGAGGAAACUCAGUUGUCAUGAUGGAGGCCCUAGACAGAAUCGGCGGCGACGACCGACAACAUCAUCAUCGAUAA